AUGACGUCAAUGGGAUCAUCCAAUAUUGGUUCCUCCAACGUGCACAGAAGUUGGACAAGCUCAAUUGCGACAAGCUUAGAAGAAAUCUCGUUACCUUCUAAUAAUCUUACAAGUCCCAUUAGCAAUGACAUUGUGAACCUUACCAAACUCACCUGCCUUGAGUUAUAUGACAUUGAAUUGAGCGGCAGGCUCCCUGUAGAUAUUGGAAAGCUCAACAGAUUAAAGCAUCUACUCCUUGAUACCAACCACCUGACAGGUUCACUGCCUCCAUCUUUGAUGAAUUGCACAAACCUAAUGACAUUGAACUUAGGGCUCAAUUUCUUUGAAGGAGAUAUUUCCACCUUUAAUUUCUCCCAUCUUCAUCAACUUCCUACACUUGAUCUGUGGAACAAUAAAUUUACCGGUAGCUUUCCAGUAAGCCUUCCCUCAUGCAAGUCUAUGAGAGCAAUUCGAAUUGCCCGAAAUCGACUAGAGGGACAAAUCCCACCUGAGAUGGUUCAAUUAAAAUUCUUGUCUUUCCUUUCACUUAGCUACAACAGGCUAACCAAUGUCACAGGGGCAAUCAACAUUCUGAUGCGUUGCAAGAGUCUUAGCAUACUCCUCCUUACACAGAAUUUUUUGCACGAGGCCCUGCCAACAGAGGACAGCAUAGUUGAUUUUUACGGAUUUCAGAAUCUCCAAUUAUUGGGUCUCGAUCUUUGUCAACUCACAGGUCAAUUGCCAAUCUGGUUAUCAAAGCUUAAGAAGCUAGAAAUCCUAAAUCUAAAUGCCAAUCGUAUCACAGGUCCAAUUCCUGGUUGGUUGUCAACCCUUCCAAGACUUAUCUCUUUAGAAUUGUCUUGUAACCUCAUUUCAGGUGAAUUUCCAAAGGAACUUUGUGCAUUGCUAGCACUAUACAACUCCAUCCACAACUGGAAGCCAAAUAUAGUCCUUAGAAACAAUAGUCUCAGCGGCCACAUUCCUUUAGAGAUAGCACGUUUGAAGCAACUUCAUACAUUGGACCUUAGCAACAACAACUUCUCAAGCAACAUUCCAAGCCAAAUAUCCGAGCUCACAAACUUGGAAGCUCUGGACCUCUUUGCAAAUUAG